UUCCCCAGAUUCACAUUUUCACGGCCCACACAACUCACAAUAUCUAAGAGGUCUCAUGGACUUGGUCGUCCUGGGUUUGUAACGCUUCACUCUACUGUCUUCAGCUAUAAUCAGACACCAGUUUCAGACAAACCCUAGUAGUUCGAAAUGCAGGAAAAGAAGGGAGACAUGGCAUCCAACGACACCACCACCCCUGCAAACAAAAACCCUAAGAAGGCGAAUCUGUUGGAUCAUCACUCCAUCAAACACAUCCUCGACGAAUAUGUCACCGAGAUUGUUACGAACCGUGGAUACAUUGAAGAUGUGAGGAUGAGUAACGUUAGAUUGUUGAUGGGAACGAUCAUCAUCAUCAUCGCUCUCGUUGCUCAGUUUUACAAGAAGAAGUUCCCUGAAAACAGAAAUUUUCUGAUCGGCUGCAUCAUAUUGUAUAUUGUAUUCAAUGGGUUAUUGCAGCUGAUCAUAUACACCAAGGAAAAGAAUGCAAUUUUGUUUACCUAUCCUCCUACUGGAUCCUUUAACAGCACCGGCCUGAUGGUCUCUUCCAAGUUGCCGAGAUUUUCUGAUGUGUACACACUUACUAUAGCAAGUGCAGAUCCCAAGUCAAUAUCAGCAAAGGAACCAGUAGAAUUCACCAAAAGCAUCACUAAGUGGUUCACGAAGGAUGGAGUUUUGGUGGAGGGCCUGUUCUGGAAAGAUGUUGAGGGACUGAUAAAUGAUUAUUCAAGAGAAUCUAAAAAGAGCAAGUGAAUUCAAGCUGCAUUCCUUUGGUGCAAUCCUACUAGCUUGACUGGAAUUACUCUCUAUUCAUAUCUUGCAAAGCAUAAAUAUUAUGUAUUGAAAUUAUGGUUCUUGCUUAGAUGGAUCUUGAACCAGAACUGUGGAAUCAAAUCUCCACAAGUUUAGAAGAGAAGUUACAUCUUCAAGUUGUGGUUUUGACUAUUGUGGCUAAUGAAAUUUUGGGUGACUAUUCGGCAAUCCUUAAUAUCCCCAUUUCAAUAAUGUAUCAAAUGCUCACCAUGCUUAUUGACAAGAGGGGUAAUGAUUUACAAAGUGAAUAAAUCAGCUGAAGGGAAAGCCAGCCUCUCCCUCCAUCAGAUGCAAAUAUUUAACUUCUUGUUUCUUAUAGACGAAUAUCUAUUGACAUUUUCGUUAAAUACUGGCUUGAUGUCCCCUGAAGGUUGUGAAAAUGUAAAAUACUGGUUUGAUGUCACCCGAAGGUUGCGUCAGGCAGAUGAUACGAGCGUGGAAGAAGACUAUGUAUGGCGUUUGUUAAAAAGCACGUACAAUGUGCAGUGUCUGGGUCGGACAUGGACACUAUUGGACACAUUCAUACUUAUGGACAUGGACACAGGCAGAUGAUACGAGCGUGGAAGAAGACUCUGUAUUGCCUGUUAAAAAGCACGUACGGUGUGUGGUGUCCGGGUCGGACAUGGACACUAUUGGACGCAUUCAUACUUGCGGAUAUGUUCAUAAUUUGGUCAUCACAUUUGGAACACUUGACAACCCCUCUUAUACUGGCCUGUUGGUAUAUUUUUUUAUAUUUGAAUAGCUUAAAUUAAUUAAAGUUAUGUAAUUGUCAUAGAUAUAUAAACAAAAUUUUAUAGUGUGGGUAAAUUCUAGUGACACACCCCUUGUGUUUGCCCUAA